CAUGAAGAACUAAUAACAAUAACAUACAAUAAUGCAAGUACAUAUAAACUCUCAUCACUUUUCCUUAAGAACUUAUUACAAAGGAAUUGAAAAAAAAGGUGGUAGCAAAAGGGUGUGGGGUGUGUUUCCUUCAAGAAGCAAAGUUGUUAUGGCGAGUAGUGAUGGAAACAACAACACAAAAUCUUCUCAAAGGGUGAAAGCCAUUGUGACCUUAAAACAAAAUGGUGGUGGUCUUCUAAAUGGAGUUGUUGAUGGGAUUGAUGAAUUGGUUGGCAAAAAACUUGUUUUGGAGCUUGUGAGCAAUGAUCUUAAUCCAAAGGUGAACUCAGAGAAAGGGACCACCAUAAAAGGUUAUAAUGUGCACAAGACAAAUGAAAAUGAAAAUAAUGAAGUUCUUUAUGAGGCCUCAUUUGAAGUUCCACCAGAGUUUGGUGAAGUUGGUGCUGUUCUUGUUGAAAAUGAGCAACAUGAAGAGUUGUUUCUGAAGAGUAUAGUAAUUGAUGGUUUCCACAAUAAUAAUGGAUCUUUAAACUUCACAUGUGAUUCAUGGAUUCAACCCAAGAAUAAUGAUAAGGCUUCUAAUAAGAGAGUCUUCUUCUCUAACAAGUGUUAUUUACCAUCAGAAACACCAAAAGGAUUGAGAAAGCUGAGAGAAGAGGAAUUGGGGGAACUAAGAGGGAAUGGAGAAGGAGAAAGAAAGAGCAGAGAUAGAAUAUAUGACUAUGAUGUGUACAAUGACCUUGGUGACCCUGACCUCUCCAUUCAACUCAAGAGACCUGUUCUUGGUGGUUCUAAACACUAUCCUUAUCCAAGAAGGUGUCGCACUGGUAGGCCUCACUCUAAUAAAGAUCCUUUAUCAGAGAAGAGAAGUGGAAGUUUCUAUGUUCCUCGAGAUGAAGAAUUCGGUGAAAGAAAGCAAAAGCAAUUCACAGAAACCAUAGUAUCAUCAGGUGUAAGUGCAGUCUUAAAAUCCUUGGAUGCAAUUUUCACAAACCUGAAUAUUGGAUUUCCAAGCUUUGAGGACAUAGAUUCUCUCUACAAAGAAGGCUAUGAGUUACCACCUCUUCAUGCAACUGCUUUGAAUAUCAUCCAAAACGCCAUUCCAACUUUCUUCAAACCUGCUAAUCACAGAGACAAUCUUUUGAACUUUGAUGCCCCACAACCAUUUAAAAGGGACAAAUUCUUCUGGCUCUCAGAUGAGGAAUUUGCUAGGGAGACUUUGGCAGGUGUCAAUCCAUAUAGCAUCCAAUUGAUCAAGGAAUGGCCAUUGAGGAGUAAACUAGAUCCCAAAGUGUAUGGUCCACCAGAAUCAGCUAUUACUAGUGAAGUCAUUGAGUCACAAAUAAAUGGCAGAGUUGAACAGGCAAUAAGUGAGAAGAAGUUGUUCAUGUUGGACUACCAUGACUUACUAUUACCAUAUGUAAGCAAAGUAAGAGAGAUUGAAGGGACAACACUGUAUGGAUCAAGGACUAUAUUCUCACUAACAAGCAAAGGAACAUUGAAGCCACUUGCAAUUGAGCUCACUAGACCACAAAUCAAUAACAAUGGACAAUGGAAGAGAGUGUACACUCCUUCUUCUUCUUCUUCAACUGAACUUUGGCUUUGGAGGCUUGCAAAAGCUCAUGUAGUUGCCCAUGAUUGUGGAGUUCAUGAACUUGUUAGCCAUUGGUUAAGAACUCAUGCUUCAGUGGAACCAUAUGUGAUAGCAACAAAGAGGCAACUAAGUGCAAUGCAUCCAAUAAAUAGAUUAUUGCAUCCUCAUUUGAGAUACACUUUGGAGAUCAAUGCCCUUGCACGACAACUUCUUAUUAGUGCAGCUGGCAUCAUUGAGCUUUCUUUCUCUCCUCAGAGAUAUUUUAAGAGUUAUAAUUCGUUUUAUAUAAGCAGCACUCAUUUAUUUGAUAUAAUUUAUUUAUUUUUUUCCCAUAGAGGAAUGGCAGUGGAAGAUCCUAAUGCAGCACAUGGUCUAAAGCUAACAAUUGAAGAUUACCCUUUUGCAAAUGAUGGUCUCCUCAUAUGGGAUUCUCUCAAAGAAUGGAUCACAGAUUAUGUAAACCAUUACUAUCCAAAUCCAAGCACCAUUGAAUCUGAUUCAGAACUCCAAUCAUGGUGGAAUGAGAUCAUAACCAUUGGUCAUGGUGACAAGUCUAGUGAACCAUGGUGGCCAAAUCUCAAGACACAAAAAGACCUCAUUCACAUUAUUACCACUAUAUCAUGGGUUGCUUCAGCACACCAUGCUUCAGUCAACUUUGCACAAUACAUGUAUGGUGGAUAUUUCCCUAAUAGGCCUGCAAUUGCUAGGAUCAAAAUGCCUGAUGAGGACCCUUCAUUGGAAGAGUGGGAAAAUUUCAUGACCAAUCCUGAUCAAACCUUACUUGAGUGUUUUCCAUCACAAAUUCAAGCACUUUUGGUUAUGGUCAUCUUGAAUUUGCUUUCUGAUCAUUCACCUGAUGAAGAGUACAUUGGACAGUUUAUGGAGCCAUCUUGGGGUGAGGAUCCAAUUAUAAAAUCAUCAUUCGAAAGGUUUAAUAAGAGAUUGAAGGAGAUUGAAGGGAUCAUUGAUUCAAGGAAUGGUAACAUUGAUUUGAAGAAUAGGCAUGGAGCUGGAUUAGUGCCUUAUGAGCUUUUGAAGCCUUUUUCAGGGCCUGGACUCACUGGAAAGGGUGUUCCAUACAGCAUUUCCAUUUAAUCAUCUUUAAUAUUCACUACUAAUUAUUGUUUAUUUUUUUUGCAAAACUACUAUUUAAUUUGUAGUCCAUUAUUGAUUGUUUGUUUAUAUGCAAUAAUUUGAUUGUGUCGUCUGAUGAUCAAUGUAAUUAUCUGACCUGUAUCAA